GCGUCCCUGGCAUUGAAUUGUGGACAUUUUGUUCAAUCGACUUUUCUGCGCCCUUGCCAUUGUCCUUCAGAGCCAAUACUGCGUUCCAAUCAAUUGUGACAAGGUGGAAGAAGGAGAUCGAAAUGAAAUCCUUACUUGCGACUUUUGUCGCAGUUACAUCCGUCCUCAUUCCUUCAACCCAAGCCUUAUAUUUCUAUCUCGAUGGCACGACGCCCAAGUGCUUCUAUGAAGAUUUGCCAAAGGGCACGCUGGUCGUUGGGACAUACAAAUCCGAAGCCUACUCCCCUCAAACUCAAACUUUCUCAGCCACGCCCGAUCUCAACAUCCACUUCACCGUCGAAGAGACCUUCGACAACGACCACCGCGUCGUAACCCAGACCACGCAGUCCUCGGACCAAUUCUCGAAAUUCACCUUCAGUGCCGCGGACGCUGGCCUGCACAGACUCUGCUUUACACCUUCUGGGCCUGCCGCGAUCAGCGUGAAUGGGUGGUUCGGAAACGGUGGGAAUGGGUUAGGAGGGGUGAAAUUGACCGUCGACAUGGCGAUUGGAGAGACAAGUAAGAUUGAGAGCGAGGACAAGGGCAAGAUCGACACUCUUGUGGGCAAGGUGAGGGAGUUGAACGGAAGACUGCAAGACAUCAGGAGGGAGCAGAAGUUUCAAAGAGAGCGAGAAGCAGAGUUCCGCGACCAAAGCGAAGCGGUUAACGCGAGAAUCGUACGGUGGACAUUGAUCCAGCUGGGCGUGUUGGGCGUCACUUGCGCAUGGCAGCUGUCACAUCUGAGAUCAUUCUUCAUCAAGCAGAAAUUGACAUAGGCUCCCAGUACAACAAUGAGCAUUUCACGGCGUUGAAACGGAUACAAUGGACUGCAUCCAGUGUUUCCAAAUUCUGCAUGGGGCUUCGAAUCUUGAUGUACGAAACAAACGAAACGCUUCCAGGGUAGACCGACCUGGCUCUGUUGAUCAGCAAGUCGUUGUGGUCUUCCGCUUUCGAAGCUCGACAAUCUCACCAUGUCACAAAGAAUGCCAAAUUUAUGGGUCUUGAAAUGAGAACAAGUUCAUAAUAUGCAACGCUAAUGCAAUACGAGGCCCUGCCUGCCGCUUUCUGCUUUCCAAUCCUUUUAUGCUCUAAUAUACCACACACAAUGAGAAUGCC